AUGUCGCUGUCAAGAAACGCUGUAUCACGACUGGGCCUCGAGCAAUGGCCGCAACGAACACCCCUCGGAUCCUACUACGAAACAAUUCACGACAACCCUACCGCCUAUACGCCUCCCAAAUCGCCAAAGAAGACACCACCCAGCUCCAGCCCAGCCGACAAAAAGCGACCCCAAGAAGACAAAAGUGCCGCCAAGACAUUUUCCACGCAAAAACCACCCACGACAUCGCCUGAAUCAAGAGCGCGCGUGAUAUUCGGCUCCCGCUUGCUCGGCCCCGCCGAAGAGGCCGACCGCCUCGCCCUCAAGAAGGCCAAGUCCACGUACGUCGCCGGCGUCCUGAUACCUCCUCGCCCGGAGGAGCCCGACAACUGCUGCAUGAGCGGGUGCGUCAACUGCGUGUGGGAUCGCUACAGGGACGACAUGGAAGAGUGGACGGCGGCCAAGGCUGAGGCGAAGGCGAGGCUGAGGGCUGGGAGCCGCACCAUGGAUGCCGAUGGCGGCGGGUCGGAGACGGCCUGGACGGCAAACAUCUCCAAGGAUUUGUGGGACGAAGAGGCUUUCAAGAAUGUCCCUGUUGGGAUCCGCGAGUUUAUGAAGCAGGAGAAGCGCUUGAAGGAACGGCACCAGAGAGAAGGGACACUGGGCGGUUGA